UAACAAACCAUUAGAAUGAAGUUUCAGUCCGCGGGGCUGAACUCUGUGAAGGCGGUUUGGCAACGCCAGCUUGCCCCACUUUGGGCAGCAACAAGCACGGUUUGUUGUUGCUACACGCAGCAUCGUUGCUUCACUGACAAAACGAAACCGCAUCACCUCGCGCACUCACACCUCCCGGCCUCACUCGGGACGGGGAACUGGGAGAGAAAUCCCAGGCUGAAGGCAAUCAACAGACUGCAAGUAAUAUUACAACAUUUGAAAAUGUCAAACCAAACAGAUUCAACAGCUGAAGUGUUGCUGGAAAAGAGAGGAGGUGCAGGAAUAAUAACUUUGAAUAGACCCAAGGCUCUCAAUGCACUAAAUCUUUCUAUGAUCAAAAAAAUUUACCCACAAUUAAAGACGUGGGAGCAAGAUCCUGAAACUUUUCUAAUAAUUAUCAAGGGAACUGGGGGAAAAGCUUUUUGUGCUGGAGGUGACAUCAGAGCCAUCACAGAGGCAGGAAAAGUUGGAGAUAAACUGUCACAAGAGUUCUUCCAAGGAGAAUACAGGCUGAACAAUGCCAUUGGCACUUGCAAGAAGCCAUAUGUGGCACUUAUUGAUGGCAUUACCAUGGGAGGGGGAGUUGGCAUCUCAGUUCAUGGACAUUUUCGAGUUGCUACAGAAAAGACACUUUUUGCAAUGCCAGAAACAGCAAUAGGCCUGUUUCCUGAUGUAGGUGGAGGGUAUUUCUUGCCAAGGCUCUCAGGGAAGCUUGGCUAUUACCUGGCACUGACAGGAUGCAGGCUGAAAGGAAGAGACGUACUAAAAGCUGGCAUCGCUACACAUUUCUUGGAAUCCGAAAAGCUACCUGCCUUAGAAAAAGACCUGGUAGCACUGAAAUCACCUUCAAAAGACAAUAUAGCAGACUUACUGAACUCCUACCACAAGAAGUGCACAGUUGAUCAAGAAAAGAAGUUUGUACUCGAUGAACACAUGGAGAAGAUUAACAGUAUUUUUUCAGCGAAUAGUAUGGAAGAAAUUGUCAAAAAAUUAAAGCAAGAUGGCUCUCCUUUUGCCAUUAAGCAGCUAGAGACUCUUAAUAAGAUGUCACCCACAUCCUUGAAGUUGACUCUCAGACAGCUCAGAGAAGGAGCUUCCAUGAGCUUGCAGGAGGUACUCAGGAUGGAAUACAGACUGAGCCAAGCAUGCAUGAAAGGCCAAGACUUCUACGAAGGGGUUCGAGCAGCCUACCUCAGAAGUCUUCAGAAUUUUUGUUCCAUUCCUGUGGUGAUCCAUCUCAAGCUGGAAAAAUACGAACACAGAAGUUAAUGCAGAAAGGGGAUAUUUUCAUGAUGUUACUAGAAGACAAAUUUUUAACUUAUAAGAACUAAAGACUUAAAUGGAGAGACCAUUAUGAGCGUUCAAUUUAUCCACCAGAGUAAAACAAAUGCAAAGAAAGAUGAACUUGGUGGGACAGCAGUUCCCUGGAGGGCAGAACCAGCAGCAAUUACUACAGCGUGGCAGAGGUGAAGCUGCAGUAACAUUCACAUGGACUUUUUUCCUCUAAGUGUUGGCUUUUGUGGAUAACACUUUAUUUUGGCCAGAUUGUGAACUUCAACUAAAAUUGAAGAAACUCAGUAGAUAAGUACUACACCAGUGGGACAAUUAUGGCUUUUGACCCAAACCAAUCAAUGGUUUCACAUCACCAUGUUCAGAAUUAACUUGGAGGAUCACAGCUUUUCAAGUUACCCAGUUGAAUAACAUAGUAAAAUCACUCUUCUGCAGGAAAUUUCCUUUAAAUAUUUGCCCACAUGCGUUCUGUUCUCUGGGAACUGCAGCUUCUAUCUAUAUAAUGGGUUACUUCUUAAAAUUAGUGUUUAUUUUUUGCUAGGGAGUCCUUAGUCCCCUAUUAGUAAGUAAACAGGUGUAGGGCUCUGAUUUGCUUUUCUCUUUGAAAAUAUAAACUAAAGAGUUAUGAUGCCUGUAUGUCUUCAGCUACAAAAAUAAUAAUCAGUGCAGUUGUCAUCUGAAUGGUAUUUAUUUUCUAAGUACUCUCAAGUGUUGGUUACAGAUGGAAAAGUUAAAGAGAAGUUCUCAAGUCACAUUUUUGACUUAAAACUGGUAAACAGGCCACAUGUUUUGAUAAGGCACAGUCUUUAGGUAGGCAUUCUUUUCACUGAACUUAAAAUCCCACCCCCUUACACAUUUCUCAUCAGGGUUAUUUCUAGUUUACUCAGUAAGAACAAAGUUUGUUUAGAAAGACAUGACAACUUACCAAAAAAAAAAAAAGCUGUUAUUCUUCAAACUUGGGGGUCUCCAUGAACAUCAUCUAUUUACAUGCCUUUAGAACCAUCCUACUCUGAACUCUUUGUCAGAAAACAAACAAACAAAGUCUGUUCUCAGCAGAAGCACUUUAGAGGUGCUUCUUCUUCCAGCCCAUCCUCUCUUGUGUGCUGUGGGCUGUGUUGGUCAGGAGGUCUCCCGGGACACAGGAGCAUCUCCAAAUCAGCUGCUGGUAUCACUCACCUGAAGGCAAUUUGUGUUGGGAGGGAUGUUGAGCAGUUAGUGCAUCCUAGAGAGCCACAGCUCCUGUAGCUGUUAUUUUUUAAAUUAUAAAAAUUUCACAUUCUGAAUAACAUAGAAUCUUUGUGGGUAUCUUAAAGCCUGAAAGGUGAUUGGAAGGAUGUUCUGGAAUUCCAUUAAUAUUGAUCAUUUUUAGACACAAAUUAGGGUAACUGUUCUUGCCGACAUGUCUUCAUUGUUCCUCUGAUACAAGGAAUGUUUUUUUGGAAUUGAUAUUUUCUUGUUAUACUUUUACAUGUGAUUCAUUCACUGAUCUAUUUCCCAGGAUACAGCAUAAAGUCUAUAUAAUCAGAUUAUUCAAAUUGUCACAGUUAAAUCUACACUGGUCUGCAGUAUCUUAUGGUAUUUACAAAUAAACAUUCUUGGUUUUCCCACAAAGAUACUCUGCUUUGCUCUUUUAUCAUGAAUUAUUUUAUUACUAGUAUAUACAAUGUGUUUAAAUUAGCUUUAGGCAUUUAACACCACUUUGAGGCAUCUCCUGCACUCUCCAGAGUCAGAUUUUGCAUAGAGGUGUGAAAGGCCUUGUCCAAAAGGAGCAUUGUAAAUACAGUUCCCAGGUUCACAUGGAAAAGCAUCAGGGAAGAGUAGAAGGUCUAACAGACACCAUGAAUUUCAGCUCUGCUCCCUCAAAGCUUGGGAUACGUCUGAAGUGAUCCUUGUAUCUUCAGGCAACACCCAGAUAUGCCUCUAGACAGGUCACAACUCAAGAUUUUUUAUAAGAGUAGAAAUAUAUACGUUACAAAAACUCUGCCUUCUCCAGAGCACAUUGAUUUUUCUCCCCUCUGUGACCACUGCAGUGAUCUGUCUUGAUGCAAUCUUAACUCAUUUUAAUUAGAGGAAGUUUACAGGUAACUUUGGUGUUUUUCUGU